AUGGACCAGCUGCAUUUAAAUCAACCAUUAUCAACACUGAUAUCGACCUUAGAUGACAUCUUGCUCAAAACUUCGUUUGUCGACACGCCCAUCUUUGACUUGCAAUCGACUCCCAGUUGUCGUGGAAUGUACAUCGUGAUGACCUCACUAAUUGUGUCUCACUUGUCCCAGAACAAACCUGUUAUAAUCAUUGAUACACUAAAUAAGUUUCCCUUUCAUUUACUCAAAAAUCACACCAAAUUCAAUGCAGAUUUCAAGAACAACAUCACCCAUUAUGUGUGUGACACAUUUGCCAAAUUAUAUUCACUAAUAUCUACAAAGUCAAACUUUGGUACAGAUUCAUUGAUUGUUAUAAACGAGUUUCACAGUCUUCUUGAGCUAUACAAGCUAGAGAUGUCGGCCUCGUAUGAAGAGACCAUUCUCAAGAACUUUAUUGAAAACAAUUCCACCUUGAUCAAUAAUAAAGCAAGUGGUGCUAAGGACACAUUCACCAAGAUACCUUCUGCGUCCGAUCUCCUCAAAGUCAGUCCAAUUUCCAAAUACGAGGCUCAUGUGAAGCUACUAUUUCGAAACUUGCACAAUAUCUGCACAGACUCAAAUUCAAUGAUAUAUUUGCUAGGGUAUAUGGAAACAAAGUAUCGGCCGUACAAGUUACUCAACAAUGUCGAUGCGUCGCAGCUUGCAUAUAGCGAAAAGGGGAGGGUAAUACUCUCACCAAUCUCAACUCACAAGUCAUGCACAACAAGACUCCUAUUUUAUCUUGACUGGUACCAUAAAACACCUCACUUUUUCCGUAAUUUCCCCAUUGACGACACGCGUCAAAUUACAAUAAAUCAAGCAAUGUUAAAGUUGAUCAAUGUGGUGAAAGUUGAAGCUAAAUCAGAAAGUUUCAGUCCAAUCUACUUUGAUGUCGAUGAUGAGUUUUACUACGAUCAAGAAGGAGAAUUCACUGGUGAAUACAGGAUUAGAGAUUUGUCUGAUACGACUGUUGAGAGUUGCCACGUUGUUUCGUCGUCACCAAGUCUCGAUGCAUCUAUAAUACAUGUCACUAGCAACGAUUUGGCCAACACAAGCAGCACCAAUGACACCGAGGCUAUUGCAAGUGAGGUGAUUGAAGAGUCGGAAGAGGAGAUUGAGAUUCUGUACGCGAGCGCUACCAGUGCUAACAAUUAA